AUGCUGGCGCUCUGGAGGGUGGCAGGGCAGUUCUGGCAUGUAUCUGACCUACAUUUAGAUCCGACUUACCACAUCACCCCUGAUCGCACCAAAGUUUGUUCUUCUUCCAAAGGAGCCAAUGCCUCCAACCCAGGCCCUUUUGGAGACUUUUUGUGUGAUUCUCCAUAUCAACUUAUUUUGUCAGCGUUUGCGUUCAUGAAGGAUUCAAAGCAGCAGGUUUCAUUCAUGAUUUGGACAGGAGAUAGCCCUCCUCAUGUUCCUGUAAAAGAACUCUCCACGAAGUUGGUUAUUAGUAUCAUCGGUAAUAUGAGUUCUACAAUUCGUAGUUUCUUUCCAGAUCUUCAGGUUUUCCCAGCCUUGGGCAAUCAUGACUAUUGGCCACAGGAUCAGCUUCCUGUAACUACCAAUGAAGUUUACAAUGCUGUAGCAGAUUUCUGGAAGCCUUGGCUAACAGAUGAAGCAAUCAGUACCUUCAGAAAAGGUGGCUUCUACACACAGCUGUUUGAAUCCAGCGAUAGCUCUCAGCCACUCAGGAUAAUCAGUCUGAACACAAAUUUAUAUUACAGCCCCAACAGUGUGACUGUGAAAAUAGCUGACCCAGCCAACCAGUUUGCCUGGCUGGAGGGAAUACUAGAAACCUCUUCACAAAAGAAGGAAAAGGUGUAUAUAAUAGGACAUGUACCAAUAGGAUACUUGCCAUAUGCAAGGAAUACCACAGCUAUCAGGGAGUAUUACAAUGAGAGACUGGUAAAGAUUUUUCGCAAAUACGGUAGUGUUAUUGCGGGGCAGUUUUUUGGACAUACACAUAGAGAUAGUAUCAUGGUCCUCCUGGAUGAAGAAGAAAAGCCAGUAAAUUCCUUGUUUGUGGCACCUGCUGUAACCCCAGUGAAGAACGUAUGGCAAAUGGAUUCCAAUAACCCUGGGGUCAGAUUGUAUCAGUAUGAUCUUGAUUAUAGCUUGCUGGAUCUUUGGCAGUUUUAUUUGGACCUCAGAGAUGCCAACAAGAAAAAUGAAUCGAACUGGAAAUUAGAAUACAUCAUGACUAAAGCUUACGGCAUUGAGGACUUGAAGCCAGAAAGCCUAUAUGAAAUGGCCAAGCAGUUGUCUGUGCCACACAGCACGCUGUUUGAGCAGUAUUACAGUAACUUCAUUGUGAGUUAUGACAAAACCAUAGUCUGUGAAGAGGGGUGCAAGACGUGCCAGAUAUGUGCAAUCCAAUAUUUGGAUUACUCCUCAUACUCAGAUUGUAUCAAUCAGGAAGCAAUCGGGAGAUGAAGUCUCUGUGCCAUUUAUGCUGAUACUGAUUUUAGCCUGAGAACCUGCUCAUCCUUUCGCUCAAGGACU